UCACAAAGACAUUAUGCAACCGUUAAGUGGGGAAGUCAAAUAUGUUUGGCUAGUUCUGGUUCCUUCCCGCCUAGCCCUAUUUAUCACUCACAAGACGGACAUGUUUGUGUUGACUGCAACAAGGAGGCUGAGCUGACCGAGGAGGAACAAACAUGGCGUCCGGCUAUGCGUGGUUACUUGUGCUGGGGUCGGUUUUUCUGUGCAAUCUCAUGAAAACACUCCUUCCGUCCAUAUCCUCUUUCUUCUCAAAGAUGUGGCAGAAAGAUGCAGAGCAGGAGAGUGAGAUGAGGUCUGAAGUCCAGGAGAUGAAGAAGGAGCAGGCCUCAAUAAGCAUGAUGGAUGAGUUUGCUAGAUAUGCCAGAUUGGAGCGCAAAAUCAACAAGAUGACAGACAAGCUGAAAACACAUGUGAAUUCAAGAACCGCGCAACAAGCCAAAAUGAAAUGGGUUGUCAACAUCGCCUUCUACAUACUGCAGGCUGCUCUGAUGAUCUCCUUGAUAUGGAAGUAUUACUCUGAUCCAGUGACAGUCAUCCCCAGUAAAUGGAUUGCCCCUCUGGAGCGACUUGUGGCCUUCCCAACAGGAGUGGCAGGUGGAGUGGGAAUCACAUGCUGGCUGGUGGUUUGCAACAAGGUGGUUACACUGGGUCUCCAUGCUGUCAGCUAGAGACGAGGAGUUGAAUACACUGCUUUUCUAACUUAUUGUUCGAUGAAAGCCACAGUUGUGUGUCUUUUUUUUUGUCUGCUGCUUCAGGUCAAACUGUUCAAAUGCAGUGCAUUUAAGUUAUGGCUGCGUCAUUUUGAAAUAUAUUGUAUUUUGGUGAUGUUGAAUUUAGUUCUUUUUUGUUUUAAGUUAAGCAUGUUUUGACUGUUUUAUUUCAAAACAUAAUAAUUUGUAAAUGUUGAAAUGCCUUUUUAAGAAAAUAAAAAAAGAUGGUAUAAAUGUUA